GGUGGCACUUUAUAGCAAAACGAAACGAAAUGUCUUGAAGUUGAAAGAUGGAUUUCAAUGUUGGUGUUUUUUCAGAGAAAUCUUCGAUUUUAAUUGAUGGUGGAGAUAGAUUUGGUGUGUCCGCAAUUCAUUGGGACCUUCAGGAAGAGCUGCUUUGGGUUGGUAAUCAAGGAGGACAUGUCACUAGUUAUUAUGGCUCUUCUCUACACAAAUACACAUCAUUCCAAGUUCAUGCAUCUCAAGAAGUCAGACAGAUGAUUUCUUUUGAUGCUGGUUUACUUAUAGUAACCCCAAACACUCUUAGAUGCCAACAAAGGAGAGGUGUCCCAUUAUUCACUUACAGCUCAAGUACUUGUGAAGAUCUACAAUGCUUGUUACAAACAGGGCCCACAACAGUUCUACUUGGAGGACACCAACCGCUGGUAAUAGAAUUUGACCUUGUGACAGCAAAGGAAACAACCAAAUUUGAUGUAGGAGAAAAGGGAUGUGCAAUUCUGAGACGACACCCUAGAUUUAUCUGCUCAGGUGACGCUAGUGGAUGCGUAUCAUUAAGAGAUCCUCGAACUUUACGUGAAGAGCAUAAAUUUGUAGCACAUACUGAAAGCCUUUCAGAUUUUGAUGUUCAUAACAACUUGAUUGUGACUUGCGGGUUUUCAUCCAGGCAGGGAGGUGUGGUUUCGGAUCGCUUUUUGAAAAUUUACGAUGUUAGAAUGUUACGAGCUCUCAGUCCAGUUCCUGUGGUCGGAGAACCAUUUCUAUUGCGGUUCUUACCAGCAUUCUCGUCCCAAUUGGCGGUUAUCUCUGCCAUGGGACAGUUACAGGUUCUUGAUGCAGCUGCUCCUGCAUCUUCAGCUCUUCAACUUUUCCAAGUGAAUAACGAGGGUGCUAUGUGCAUGGCUCUUGAAGUUUCAUCUUCUUGCCAAUGCUUAGCUGUGGGGGAUGCCGGUGGAUAUGUUCACACCUUUGCAUCAAACGCAUCAGCUUUAUUUAACAGCUUUUCUCGACCGACGGAAUUUGCCGAUCCAGUAGAAUCCCUUCCGGUUUCGAUCGCCAUGGACGAUACUACGACGCCACUCACUUCAAUCCCUUUCCCCUUAGAACACAAUUCGCCGCUGCUAUCAGAUUGGCCGGAACAGUUUACCCGCAGGAGAUUCCGUAAAGUUCCACCUAUUGAUCAUGCUAUUCUGUCAAAUAUGCGCAUGGUAGGCACUAUUGGUUAUGCUCCAAGUCCAGCUGAUCAUAGACCUAAUCAAGUGGCCUACUCAGCCGAAAAACGAACACAACGUGGUCAGAAACAUUCGGGAACGGAUUCAACACAUUCAAAGGAAGAUACUGAAUGCUAUCAAGUGUGGAAACGAUAUCGUCAUAUCGAGAUGAGGUACACAAAGGGGAGCCUUGACGAAAAUGAGUUAGCUCGUUACAAUUCCACGCCCCUCUGCGGUUUGGAUAAUACACUUCCUUAUUCAUAUGCAAACUCUUUGCUGCAGGUGUUAUAUUUCAUUCCGGAAUUACGUCAUUGUCUUCUUGAGCAUUCCUGCAACCGAGAAUUUUGUCUUGCCUGUGAGCUGUCAUUCCUUUUUCAUAUGCUGGAUGUUGGUAGAAAUCAAGAUCCUACUAGUACUCCAGUUACAGUCCAACCAUCUAAUUUUCUUCGGGCUUUCCGCACUCUUCCCGAAGCUUCGGCAAUGGGACUGUUGAUGGCAGAAAAUCAUCCUGAAAUAAAGAUAAAAAGUACACUUCCUAGGCUUGCCCAGAGCUGGGCUCGUUUUAUUCUUCAACAACUUAGCAGCGAAACCUUGCCUCAAAGCAAGAUAACAAAAGAAUCGACCACAAUUACAAGUAAUUUAGUAGAAUUUAACGGAGAAGGUGCGGAAAAUUCUAUUAAACCGGAAAGAGAUGUUUCACCUUCUGAGGAUGGUCUGUCACCAGUGUCUCCUAUCUCUAAACUGUUUGGUGUUGAACAAGAGCAGAUUAGCCGCUGCACAAAAUGUGGAAGCGAAAAUUCUAAAACUUCGCCUGUGCUUCUCUCUUCCCUUACUCUGCAAGAUGUGGAGGAUGAACACAGCUUCGAACAUGUACUUGAAAAGAGUUUUGACGUAGCAAGUGUGACUCCGGCCUGGUGUGAAGUUUGUCAAAAAUAUCAAGCAACUCAGCAAAGAAGACGUUGUCUAACAUUACCGCCAGUUCUUGCUCUGUCCUGUGCUAACGAUACCUAUAAAGGUUUUCGAUUUUGGUCAGAUCAACUACAAUGUUUUUUAGACCCUGAACUAUUCGAUGGAUCAGAUUUGACAGAAGGGGCGUCCGUCCAGUCUGGGCAAGGAAAGCCUUGUAGAUAUGGGCUUGAAUGCACACGACCGAACUGCAAGUUUGGACACGGAGGGCAACCUUUGAGCCAUAGUGCAAGCUUUACAGGAAUAUCUUCAAAUCAUUGGGUCCCGUCUCAGCUCCGUUUUAAAGUUCAACCGGAAGGAGGACUUGUUUGUCUGAAACCCGAUCAAAAUCAGGAAGGGUUUUUAUCGUAUUCUCUUGUUGCUGCGGUAUGUUGGAUUGACGAAUCCAAACUGGAUGCAAAACACCAUGGAAAAUGGCACUUAGUUUCAACAAUUCAAAUUCCUCCUGGUUAUUUAUCUUCAGAAACUUCUUCAGAAGAGAACAACUCCAGCAAUUGGUACGUCUUUAAUGAUUUUGCUGUUAAUCCUAUCAACCCGGAAGAGGCAAUUUCUUUUUUUCCUGAUUGGAAACUUCCGUGUCUCUUGUUUUAUUCAAAGAAGGAAACAACAAAUUGUCCCAUCUUAACUGAUCGACCUUUAAGCAAUCCAAUCACUGCUGACGUGUUUAAAGAGGACAAAUCGUUGGCUCAGAAAUCAGAGUGCUUGCAAAGAAUAUCAUUUCUUCCGCUGGCGACGGACGAGAUGCCCGGAAAUGGGGAUUUAGUGGCCAUGGACGCCGAAUUCGUCACGCUGAAUCAAGAAGAAGCCGAAUUGCGCAGCGACGGGAAAUCAACCACUGUACGACCUAGUCAAAUGUCGGUUGCUCGCGUCACUGUUAUCAGAGGGCUUCGCAGCAACGGUUUAUCUUGGACGAGUAUUGAAUAUUCGAGUCAAGGUAACAUGGAAGGGUUACCUUUUAUCGACGACUAUAUCGCCACUCAAGAUCAAGUAGUUGACUACUUGACGAAAUUUUCUGGGAUCCAGCCAGGCGACCUGGAUGUCGCCUCCUCGUCGAAGCAUUUGACUACCUUGAAGUCGACUUAUUUAAAGCUACGCUUCUUGGUCGACAAUGGUGUGACAUUUGUCGGCCACGGACUCAAGAAUGAUUUUAGAGUUAUAAAUCUUCUAGUACCUUCAAAUCAAGUAAUCGACACCGUCCAUUUAUUUCAUUUGCCUCAUCAACGUAUGAUAUCGCUUCGAUUUUUGGCGUGGCAUUUCCUUAAUUUGAAAAUCCAAUCUGUCACUCACGAUUCCGUUGAGGAUGCUCGAACAGCCCUGCGUCUUUAUCGUCGCUAUCAAGAACUAAAGGCCAAGGGUGAUGAAUUUUUUAAUGAAUCCCUCCAGGAACUUUAUAAUGUCGGACGUCGCUUACAAUGGAUGGUUCCUGGAAUGGACGAGGAAUAAUUGAGUGCUCAAUUUUAAUUUUCUUUUGUUCACUUUCGUGUUUGCAGCCAGAAUAAAUAAUCUUGUUUUCUAACAAAAAUCUAGCCAAAAAAAAAACAUCGCAUUCAAAUCGCUAGACUGAUUUAAAUACUUUAUUUCGUACAAUAGAUGCAUAGUCAUCGUCAUAGUCAUGGUCAUGCUCAAGCUACUGUAAUCAAAAUUUUAAAAAAUUCAAUAAGUGAUGCAAUCAUAUCAUAGCGAGCAUUUAAGCGCAUUUAAAUUUUAUCGGAUUAUCGGAGAAAGAUGUAACGCAUUAACGAAACUCAACAAACGUGGAAAUGUUGCCUUUGCCUAUUAAAAUGUUGAAACUGCUGAAAAAUGACAUUGGUCUUCCGUAUUAAUUACUCAUCAAUCUCGCAUUCCCGCAUUCCGCACUUUACCCACAUUGCCACAUAAACAUCACACUUUACCAUUCUUGCAAACAUUACAAGGAAGUUCUACCGGUUCUGCUAUGGCAGAUUCAAAACAUUUCUUAACGUGUUUCAUUUGUGGCACAUUCGAGAUAGAAAAUAAAAAACUUGCAGCGUUUGGUGUUACUUUUGAAAGGUUCAGCGAGUGGAAAGAUAAAGUUAAAGGACUUAAAAUCGGAUCAAAACUUUGUCAGGUCCAUUUCGACUCAGAAGACAUAAUUAAGGGGAAAUACAUUUUUAAUCAAUUUUAUCCCCUUAAAGUUUAUAGACUUUCUAAAGACGCGAUCCCAAAACAUUUUCUAAGUACUAAUAAGUCUGGGGAUAAGAAGACCAGAACAUUUUUUCCUGAAAAAAAUGUCAGUUCAACAGAAAUAGCUUGUUGGCAGAGCAAUGAAAAAUCACAACCACUGAUGCUGUCAAAAAAUGUCAUUGCUUACAAAAGUAAAUACUCAAAAACAAAUCAUCAAUCUUCCACUGAUUCAAGUGUCGCUCCACCAUCAUGCAGGGAGGAUCCAAUUGAUGAUGAGGCUCAAAAAUUGUCAUGUUCUUCUUUGAAUAAAAGUGUUUCCCAAGUGGAUAAUGAAGCCUCUCCAGCAGAAAAACUUCUUGCUGUCUUGGAAGAUCACAAUUAUA